CCGCCCAUCGUUCCGGGUGCCGGUGGAACCUGUGACGUCAGACCGUUUCUUCCGGAAACGGCGGCGACGGCAGAAAGAACCGAGGGGGCUAUCGUUGGUGGGUGCGCCUGAAAGCAGAGAGAGCAGCGUAACCCGGAAGCGGAAGCGGAUUCCGUCCCGGCUCCGGCUUCACACUUGUCACAGGUCCACUGGUGGGCUCCUGCUACCAUGGAUUUGUUAUUUGGGCGCCGGAAGACACCAGAGGAGCUGCUGAGGCAGAAUCAGCGAGCCCUGAACCGUGCCAUGCGAGAGCUGGACCGUGAGCGACAGAAGCUAGAGACCCAGGAGAAGAAAAUCAUCGCAGACAUCAAGAAGAUGGCCAAGCAGGGCCAGAUGGAUGCUGUGCGUAUCAUGGCAAAAGACCUGGUGCGCACUCGGCGUUACGUGCGUAAAUUUGUGUUGAUGCGGGCCAACAUCCAGGCUGUGUCCCUGAAGAUCCAGACACUGAAGUCUAACAACUCAAUGGCGCAAGCUAUGAAGGGGGUCACCAAAGCCAUGGGCACCAUGAACAGACAGUUGAAGUUGCCUCAGAUCCAAAAGAUCAUGAUGGAAUUUGAGCGACAGGCUGAGAUCAUGGACAUGAAGGAGGAGAUGAUGAAUGAUGCCAUUGAUGAUGCCAUGGGUGAUGAGGAAGAUGAAGAAGAAAGUGACGCUGUUGUGUCCCAGGUCCUGGACGAGUUGGGAUUGAGCCUGACAGACGAGCUGUCAACAUUAUUCCUUUCUACAGGAGCUCUCCUAACCCCCACUCUCUGUAGACCUCCCCUCCACCGGAGGCUCACUCAGUGUGGCUGCCAGUGGGAAGAAAGCAGAGGCCGCAGCCUCAGCCCUAGUAGAUGCCGAUGCAGACCUGGAGGAGCGGCUCAAGAACCUGCGGAGGGACUGACCUAUACCAUCCCGGGUGGGAGGUGGGCAGUGGAUGCCCAACAGUUUCAUUGUACUUCUUCUGUAAUAAAAGAUUGGACACUAAUUCCUAGGCCUGUGUGACUGGCCUGAUUUGGGCCAGGCUGGGGUUCCCUUGGCACGGAGCUCACAUACAGGGUUUGGUAAAAAGGCAAUUGACAAGCAUGGCAAAAGCCCAAAUGCCAGACGCAUUAGGGUAUAUGAUAAGGAAUGCUGGGUUGCUUCUCAGUUUGUGGCAUUUAACAGGUCAAGUCUCUCUAAUCCGGAUGUUCAGGGUUUAGGAGCUUCAUGGCCUCUAGAGCCUAACACCUCCAAGACAGUGGGCUUCCCAGAUACCCUGAAGUCUGGGCUUUUCUGCCAGGGAUCCUCAGCCCACCCAGCUCUGUGGUGCGGAUUGUGAGAAAUGGUUACACCCUAGUCCGGAAGCACUUAGGUAGACUGGCCACCACACAGCACGUAUCUGGGGCUACACCCUGCCUGCCCAGAGCAGCCUAAGUAUUACCACCUACAGGGGCUCUCCAAACCCUCCAGCAUGUGCCCCAUGCAACCCCCUCACCCACCUGAGGCACACUCCACACUGGAAGGGCAAGGAGAGGCUCUCCCCUACUCCCUGGACACCAAAAAACGGCUGAAGAAGACUGCCCCAGGACCACUGCCCCCACCAACAAAAGCGUGAGGAACUGGUGAAGUUUUUAUUAAAUCCACAUAAGUAAAAACCAUAUCGUGAAGGGCUGAGGGAUGGGGCCACCAAGAAGUAGGAGCCAGGCCACCAGAGGGGGAGGCUGGGGGAAGGGAGAGGGGGGUGCAGAUUUGACAGGACAGAGGAACAGAGUCAGGCCGGGUUGGCCUGAGUAGCCACAGGUUCAGGGG